UUCAUCCCAAAUCCCACAAAAACACAUUCUCUUUUAGAGUUUUCUCACCACUUAAUCAAAUUCAUCCAUGGCUUCUUUUGCUACUUCCAAUGUUGUUGUUCUGUAUUUUGUUGUGUUAGUCUCUUGGAUUCAUUUCAAUGCAGAAGCGAGGAGGCUUGGUGGGUCUGUCCCUGAGUCGGAUCAAACCCAGCAGCCAUUGCUGUUCCAAUACCACAAUGGCCCUCUUCUAACUGGCAACAUCUCUGUUAAUCUCAUUUGGUAUGGAAAUUUCAAGCCUUCUCAACGUGCCAUUGUGUCCGAUUUCAUCAAUUCCCUCGCCUCUUCCAAGCUUGUUUCACCUCAACCCUCGGUUGCUACAUGGUGGAAAGCCAUGGAUAAAUACUAUCACCUCACCAACAAAUCUUCUUCCCUUGUCAUUUCCUUGGGUUCACAAAUCCUCGAUGAGAGCUACUCUUUGGGGAAAUCACUAACAAAUGAACAAAUCCUGCAAUUAGCAUCAAAGGGUUCUCAGAGAAACCCCAUCAAUGUUGUCUUGACAUCAGCUGAUGUUGCUGUUGAAGGGUUCUGCUCCAGCAGGUGUGGAACCCAUGGUUCAGAUUCUGGUUCCAAGUUGGCUGGGACUGUCACCAACCCAUUUGGAAAUGGCUACUAUCAAGGUCCAAAAGAAGCACCAAUGGAGGCUGCUUCCGCUUGCCCUGGGAUUUAUGGGAAAGGGGCUUAUCCAGGCUAUGCUGGGGACCUUCCAGUCGACGCUACAACCGGAGCUAGCUACAAUGCACAUGGUGUCAAUGGAAGAAAGUACCUUCUUCCAGCUCUGUUCGACCCUUCAACCUCAACUUGUGCCACUCUAGCUUAAAACAAAUAUUAUUCAUCCCAACAUGCCAGUCCCUAGUAAAAAUUCUUUUAUUGUACCAUUCAAUUUAUUCUUUUUACGUUACGAUUGAAUAGAGAUUCAAUUAUUCAUUGACAAA